CCUUAUCCUACUAGAUUCCACGUGGCAUUUUCCAAGUGGCGUAAGAAAAUCCCCGGGAGGAAAUCAGUUGCCACGUGUCAGAAGAAGAUCAAAACUCGACUCAUUGUGACCAAAGGCUAUUAUUUCCUACACAAAAUUCCCACUCACCACACACAACAAAAGAAUAGUGAUCGAAGCUCAUGGCGUCUCUUGCAACCGUCGCCGCUGUGAAACCAUCCGCCGCCAUAAAAGGACUCGGCGGCAGCUCACUCGCCGGAGCUAAGCUCUCCAUCAAGCCUUCCCGCCUGAGCUUUAAACCCAAAUCCAUCCGGGCUAAUGGUGUGGUGGCUAAGUAUGGAGACAAAAGUGUCUACUUUGACUUAGAAGAUUUGGGUAACACAACAGGUCAAUGGGACGUAUACGGCUCUGAUGCUCCUUCUCCUUACAAUCCUCUUCAGAGCAAGUUCUUUGAGACAUUCGCUGCCCCAUUCACAAAGAGAGGAUUGCUCCUCAAGUUCUUGAUCCUUGGAGGAGGCUCUUUGCUUACUUAUGUCAGCGCUACCUCUACCGGCGAAGUUCUUCCCAUCAAGAGAGGUCCUCAGGAGCCGCCUAAGCUCGGUCCUCGCGGCAAGCUCUGAUCUAUAUUCAUGUUACCUUUCUCUUCUUCCUUCUAAAACUCAUCAACAUUUCUCAAUACUGCAAACCCUUUUAAGUAAUUUUAUGUAUAUUCUGUUUAUCUGUUACAUUUGAAACGUUUUUUCUUCCCCUAAUUUUACAAAAGAAAUAUUUUUUUUUUCAAGAGUAUCGCCCCGCGGUUGGACUUCUUGUGGUUCCAAGAGAUUCAAGAUAAGUAGUCUUCUUGUUGUUAGACAUGAUCAUGCUUGACACUCUGGUUAAAAGUUUCUUGUCGCUCUUUUCUUUCCUCGGUUCAUUGGUUUCGAUAUUCCAUUGCAUUACCUCAGAUAGUGAAAUGGUAGGCUUCUGCUUUUUAGGUCUAUCUUCUAAAAGACAAAAAUUUGGCUCUUCUUCCUUCUCUGGACUCUCUGUUUCCUUCACUAUAUGGAUCUUACACAUCGCGAGCUCAGGGUUUUGUGUUAGCUGAUCAGCUUCAAGAACAUCUUCUAUUCUUGACAUUACCGUGUGAGCCAAGCUUUCAAGAAUUCUCGAAUAACUCUCCACUAUAGCUAACCCUAUAUCCUGCAAAAAAAAACAAAUUAAUGAUUUUCGUAAAACAGAAGACAAACAAUUAUAUGUCUAAUGUGACUUUAAUAUAAAGUUAUAUGAUUGAUUACUCUGUUGAAUUGAAUCUUGCUGAUGUCAA